AUGGAAGCCCAAAAGCGUAGCGGAACUUUAAUCGUCAAACCUAUCUGCGCAAAACUCACAAGAGAUACUGAAACCUUUGGGAAGAUGGAUCCUUAUUGUGUCUGCUCAAUUGGAACCCAAAAAUUCAGAACUGCUGUCGCUCAGGAUGCUGGGAAGUUCCCGAAUUGGUCAGACUCUUUUGUCUUUAGGCUUGGCUCAGAAUCUUUACUAGAAUUUGCAGUGUGGGAUCAUGACUCUGCCUCAGCUGAUGAUUUGGUCGGAGAAGGAGUAUUUUCACUAGACCCAGUUCGUAAAAGUAGGCAAUUUGAAGAUUGGGUUGAGAUUAAGCACCAUGGAAGAAAGGCAGGGGAUGUUAGAUUUGAGAUUAGAUAUAAUGAAGAUGCUACAACAGGAGCAACCGGACAACUAGGAGCUCAACCAAUGCCAGGCUACCCACCACAAGGAUAUCCAUACCCUUAUCCUCAGGCUGGAUACCCAGGAGUUCCACCUCAACCUGGAUGCCCUCCAUAUGGAUAUCCUCCUCAGCCUGGAUAUCCUCCUCAACCUGGGUAUCCACCUCAAGCUGGAUAUCCUCCUCAGCCUGGAUAUCCUCCUCAAUCAGGGUAUCCUCCUCAACCUGGUUACCCUCAGCCUGGCUACCCUCCUCAGCCUGGAUAUCCUCCUCAAGCUGGCUAUCCACCCCAACAAGGUUAUCCACCUCAGCCAGGCUAUCCACCUCAGCCAGGACAAGUUCCACAGCAAGGCUACCCUGGCUAUCCUCCUCAGCCAGGAUAUCCACCUCAGCCAGGACAACCUCAAGCCUACUCUCCUUAUCAAGCUUAUCCUCAGAGCGGUUACCCUCCUCAAAGACGUUAA